AUGAAGCAGAACGAGAAUCUGGUGCUGAUCGGCCAGAGAACAGUACUUGUGCCUUAUAAAAAAGAACAUGUGCUUCAGUAUCAUGAAUGGAUGAAGUCACCAUUCCUGCAAGAAAUGACAGCUUCUGAACCAUUGAGUCUCGAUGAAGAAUAUGAAAUGCAACAAUCGUGGCAUGUCGAUGAAGAAAAGUGUACAUUUAUCUUACUUGCAUUACCUAAAACAUCCCCUUUGACCCUCAGUGAAAUGUCUGCUGAUGAAGUCAAAAAGAACGCAAUUAUGAUUGGAGAUGUCAAUAUAUUUCUUAACGAUCCUGAUAAUGACCCAACCUUUGGAGAAAUUGAGAUUAUGAUCGCAGAAGACGCAUAUCGUCGUAGUGGACGUGGAUUAGAAGCAUUAAAGAUGAUGAUGAGCUAUGGCAUUACUGAUCUUGGCCUAAAUACGUUCCAUGCAAAGAUUUCCUUGACCAAUCAGCCAAGCAUUGAUCUUUUUACACAAAAGCUUGGUUUCUACCAAGUUUCGCUUUCGACCGUAUUUCAAGAGACAACAUUAGAAUGGUCCUUAAACGAUGUCGCAAACGCAAUUGCAAAAUACGACGAUCCGGAUUUUGAACCAUAUGGGUCAAAGGCAACAAAGGAGCAAAGGCAUACUGUAGAAUUAAUGCAAAAGUCCUUGUUGGAUGAUUGGAAUAAAUUUGUACGGAGAGAGAAGUGGGAGUAA